AUGAAAGUGCUUCUAUACAUCUUGAUACAUUUCUUGAGUGAUAUAUCCUUGGGUGGAUGUAAACCCAUGCAAUUGGAUCAUGUAGCCAAUGCUCCCUCUACUCAAAGGUUGCGUGAAGUAGAAAAUGGAGAGAUGAACUUUGUUGUCAAGAAACAGAACCAACUUGGAAUUUCUCACAAAGCCCAUAACAGUUAUAAAAAAAAUCUAAAAAUUGAAGAUAUAUCUGAAGACUUAUCACUGAAAGAUCAAGAUCCAAAAGCAAAAGUUUCUGAUGAGAAACUUGAAGAAAAAGAUCAUUUACAAAAACAAGUAAAGGAUUUCUUAAAUAAUCAAACAAAUCAAUCAAUUCAUAAAGUUUUAAAACCAUUUGAAAAUCUUGAUAAUCUCAAUGUCAAGAAUUUUGAUGAAUUGCUUGAUCUGUUAUAUGGAAAUUAUUUUGGUGAAUCUGCUCAAAUGUUUCUUAUCAAUGUUAUGAUGAGAUCUUCUAGAUUCAAUAAGUCUAAUGCAGGAUAUCUUGAUCAUCAAUUCGAGAACCUUGAUCCAGAAGGCCAUAAAGUCUAUAGAUUCAAAACACAGCGCAAGCUUCCACAGACGGAUGGUCAAAACACUCUCCAUGAACAAUAUUACUCAUUGUUCAAGCUCAUGAACCCAAAAGGAGAUAUGCAAACCAAGGCUUUGAGUCAUAUGUCAUUGAAAAGGGAUAUUCCAAAAGAUUUACUCUCUUUCAAAAAUUAUAAAUUUUUAUCUGAAUUAGUCAUUAAGGACUCAAAAGACCCUGAUAUCACCAAGCUCGCUGAAUCGAUCAUCUCUAUCCCUAUAAAAACUAUUGACUCAAGACAAUACCCCCUUCAAGAAAAUUUCAUAAUAGGUUCAGCUUAUGAUUUGGCAAUCAAGAUGGCAGUUGAUGUCCUUAGAAAGGAUCUUGAUGACGUAUAUAGGAUAUGGGCACUUGGUAUCUUGCAACUCCUGCAGAGCUUUUUACCACAAGGUCAAUUGCAUCCAAUCAUCCUUAACAUCGAAAAAGGUUUCACUAGAGGAGAGUUUGAACUAUCUCUUUUGAAAGAUAUCAACCUUCAAUUUGUCAAUUUUGGUCGGUUUGUUGGGGAUUCUAUACCUGAGAUUAUCGAAGACGUUCCAGCUCUCAAAGAUUCAUUGGAACGUGGAAAACUACUUUCAGAAAUCAACAUGACUUUACAAGAAGAAAAAUUUACUCCAAGUGACAGAUUUGUUGGAAUAUACGACACUUUACUUUUACAAAAGAGCCCGAUUCCAAUAGAUAUUUCUGACUCUUUAUCAUUCAAAUGUUUUUAUCACAUGACCAAUCGAGACAUUCCCACAAUAGAGAAAUUUUCAACCAUGGCAAUUAGUGAAUACUUACAUUUUGGUAAAUCUGAAGCAAGUCAAGAAUGGAAAAAAGAUCUUUUCCAAAGAAAUCUUUCAAAAUUUGUAGCUCACAUAAACGGAAACUCUUUAUUCAAAAACUUAUUGAGACCAUUUUGUAAAGUCGACGAAGUGAAUGACUCACAGAUUGAAGGGGUGAUAGAAGCAUUGAAAAAUGGUCAAUUUAACACUCCAACUGAGGCUAUCUGUUAUAUACAUACCUUAAAGGUGACAAGUAGAUAUAAUGAGAAAAUCUUAUCACACCUAAACAAAAAUCAAGAAAUAAUUGAUCAUUCCAUAAACAUUUUGAAGAAAUGUCCUUAA